UCUGGGGCUGCACCGUCUCACUGUCGCGUCGAUGCCCCGCCCGCGCCGGCGCAUGAAAGCACCACAGCACAACCAGCAAGCCAACUCUCCCGCUCCUUCUCCGACCGCAAGACCAUCUCCACCUCGUCCCACUGGCCCUCGUGUCUGGCAACCCAAGAACAAACGCACGUAUACCCUCAAGGUCCUUGUCGCCUCCAUCGUUGCCGGCUUCGUCACAUACUACUCCCGCUUGGCUGGAAUCGGCAAGAGCACGAGCACCUCGGAUGUUCUGACUACUGUUCCCGACUCGUACGCGCUCUGUGCGGAGGAGGGCCGCGUUUACACCGUUGACGAGCAGAACCCGAGUGUCGACUGUCUAUUGGUGGUGAAGGACCGAUUGUUGGCUACGGGGACUAUAGAUGACAUUCGCACUCACUGGGACGGGCACCAAACCCGCCUUGUCAACACCUUCUAUGGCGGCGAACCCCAGGCCAAGAAGCCGCUCACGGUUCUGCACACACCAAAGGGGAGCAUCAUCGUCCCCGGCCUUGCAGAUGCACACGCCCACCUGACAAUGUACGGCGCGAAGAUGGAGCUCAACCUCGAAGACGCGACGUCCAUGGAUGACGUUCUCGACCGCCUAGAGGCUUACGCACGUGCACACCCUGUAAACUUCACCUCAGAUGAGGAGGAGGCGUGGAUCGAAGGUUUCGGCUGGGAUCAGACGCGCUGGAAGGGCUGGCGGGGCGCAUUCCCGAGCAAAACCGACCUCGCCUCCCGCCCGCUGCUCGCCCACCGUGCACUCUCACUCUCCCGUGUCGAUGGGCAUGCACUUUGGGUCUCUCCGCGCGCGCUCGAUAUUGCCGAACGCAGCGGGAAGCUUCCCGGUGGACGAUGGCCCCGCGCGGGUGAGAUGCAGGGCGGAGAGGUUGUCUGGGAAGAUGGCGAGGUGAGUGGCGUGUUUCUGGAUGCGGCGAUGGCGCUUGUGCCGGUGCCCCCACCGACGGAGGCGACGCUUGAGGAGCGCGCGGAGCGGGCGAUGAGGGACGCCCUGCGGGUGGGCCUGACCAGUGUGCACGAUGCGGCGGUGGAUGGGUCGAUGUGGCGCAUGUUCAAGAGGAUGGCAGACGAGGGCCGGAUGCCGAUCAGGGUGUACGCGAUGGCGCACGAGGAGCUCGACGGAUACUGGGGCGGAGAGUUCGAGCGAGUGGAUGGGUAUGGUCGUGAGGGACGGCUGACGAUGCGCAGCGUGAAGCUGUUCAUGGACGGUGCACUGGGCUCGUGGGGUGCGGCGCUGCUUGAACCAUAUGCGGACAAGCCGGACACGCAGGGCAUCAUGCGUUUGGAGGAGAGCGAACUGCGGGACGUUGUGAGGAAGUUCUGGGAUGACGGAUGGGGCGUGAACAUUCACUGCAUUGGUGACCGCGCGAACAAGGCUGUGCUCGACAUCUACGAAGAGCUCCUCGCUGGGAAUGCCAGUGAAGCGGAGGCGCGGAGGCCGAGAAUCGAGCAUGCACAGAUCAUGCGUGCGGAGGAUCUCGAGAGGACAGGCAGGCUUGGCGUGAUUGCGAGCGUGCAGCCGACGCAUGCAACGAGUGAUAUGGGCUACGCCGAGACCAGACUGGGACCUGAGCGGAUCAAGGGCGCCUACGCAUACCAGACGCUCUUACGAUCAUCACGCAACGGGGUGCUUCCUCUAGGGUCAGACUUCCCCGUCGAGGGCAUUAAUCCGCUGCUUGGGUUCUAUGCCGCAGUGUCGCGGCUAGACAGGAGUGGCGAGAGUCCGCACGGCUCAGGGGGAUGGUACCCGCAGGAACGCCUCACACGCGCACAGGCCCUCAAAGGCAUGACGCUCGACGCGGCAUAUGCAUCGUUUGCCGAGAAUGCGGUGGGUUCGCUGAGCGCGGGAAAGAAAGCGGACUACGUCGUGCUCGAUACGGAUGUCAUGCGCGAAGAUGCGCCGUAUGCGGAGAUACUGAAAACGAAGGUGCUUACUACUGUAGUGGAUGGCCGUAUCGCGUAUGGGGCAAUUUAAAUCUGGCUGAUGGGGGACUGGAUUCGAGUGAAAUGCAGACUAAUGAGCAAUGUCAGCCAACGAGGGCUGUUAUAAUACGAUGCGAAGACGAAUCCGACAGCUUAUUGCGCAUGGUAGGCGUAGGGCUGGAAUAGAACCAUAGAAGUUACGGGAAGC